ACAGGCACGCGGCUUUCCCUUCUCUGUGCGUUGAUCGCGGCCCCUUGUCAUCAGUAGAAAAGUUGGCCUCACAGUCGCUUUUAUUUAUUUAUUUUGUUGCAACAAUACUAAAAAAGUAUGGCGGACUCUCAAGAGGACAAGCUGUACAAGGCGGAAUAUGCCAAAAGCGGCCGUGCGUCGUGCAAGAAAUGCAAGGAAAACAUAGCGAAAGACUCGCUGAGAAUGGCCAUCAUGGUGCAGUCCCCCAUGUUCGAUGGCAAAGUCCCCCACUGGCACCACUUCUCCUGCUUUUGGCUGCGAGCAGCGGCCCAGUCGCCCGCGGACAUUUCUGGGUAUUCUGACCUGCGCUGGGAGGACCAGGAGAAAGUCAAGAAGGCCAUUGAAAGUGGUGGAGCCACAGGAGGAAAAGGGGACCAGAAGAGUGGAGCCAAAGGACAGAAGACGCUGAAUGACUUUGCCGUCGAAUACGCCAAAUCGAACCGCAGCACGUGCAAAGGCUGCGAUCAGAAAAUAGAAAAGGAUCAAAUUCGUGUAUCCAAGAAAACCGUGGACGCGGAGAAGCCCCAACUGGGUCUGAUCGACCGCUGGUACCACACGGCGUGUUUCGUGAGCCGCAGGGAGGAGCUGGUCUUCAAGUCCGAGUACAGCGCCGCCCAGCUGAAGGGCUUCAACGCGCUACGGGCAGAAGACAAGGAGGAACUCGAGAAGAGGCUCCCGGCCGUCAAAACCGAAGGGAAGCGUCCAUCUGAUGAGGUGGACGGACCGUCAAAGAAACAAAAGAAAGCGGAAGAGGAUGAAAAGAAGAAGCUGGACGAGCUGUUGAAAAACCAAAGUCAGCUCAUUUGGGGACUCAAGGACAAGCUGAAGAAGUUUUGUUCAACCAAUGAUAUGAAGGAGCUUCUGAUUGCGAAUGGCCAAGAGGUUCCCUCUGGAGAAUCGAACGUGGUGGACUCCCUGGCCGAUGCCAUGGCUUUCGGUGCCCUUGAGGCUUGCAAGGAGUGCAAGGGCCAGUUGGUUUUCAAGGGCGACGCUUAUUACUGUUCAGGGGACAUCUCUGCCUGGACAAAGUGUGUUUUCAAAACCACCACGCCCAUACGCAGAGACUGGGUCACCCCCAAGGAAUUCCACGAAGUUCCCUUCCUGAAAAAAUUCAAGUUCAAGCGACAGGACCGAGUUUACCCGAAGGAGGCCCCUACCCAAACCCUCCCCAAAGUCAAAGCGGAACCCUUGGCGAGUGCAUCCAGUGCCCCCACGGAGUGCCUGCCAGAGGGAGCCCCCGCAGACAAACCUCUUACUGGUAUGAAGCUGCUGACCGUGGGAAAGCUCACCAAGAACAAGGAGGAGCUGAAGGUUCUCGUGGAGGAGAUGGGCGGAAAGAUUAGCGCCACGGCCAAUAAGGCCUCCCUCUGCAUCAGCACCAAAAAGGAGGUUGAGAAGAUGACUAAGAAAAUGGAGGAAGCCAGAGACGCUGGCGUGCGCGUGGUCUCCGAGGACUUCCUCGCGGACAUCAAGUCGUCGGUUAAAGCCCUUCAAGAACUGAUCUCCCUGCACGCCAUCUCCCCCUGGGGGGCCGAGGUCAAGGUCGAGGCACAAGCUUCGUCUGCAGCCUCCAAGUCUGGACCGCUGGCCACCAAGAGCACAGGGAAGGUGAAGGUGAAGGAGGAGGAAGGCGGUAGCAAAUCCAAGAAGAUGAAACUCACGGUCAAAGGAGGAGCUGCUGUGGACCCAGAUUCAGGUCUGGAGAACAGCGCUCAUGUGUUGGAGCAGGGCGGGAGGAUGUACAGUGCCACGCUGGGCCUUGUGGACAUCGUCAGAGGAACUAACUCUUACUAUAAACUGCAGCUGCUGGAGGAUGAUGUUCAGAAACGGUACUGGGUCUUCCGGUCGUGGGGCAGAGUGGGCACUACCAUCGGAGGCAACAAGCUGGACAAGGUCUACGACAAAAACUCUGCACUGGACAACUUCCUGGGUGUCUACAAAGAGAAGACGGGCAACGACUGGAGCUCCUCCAACUUCACCAAAUACCCCAAUAAGUUCUACCCGCUGGAGAUUGACUACGGACAGGACGAAGAAGCUGUGAAGAGGCUGACGGCCAGUGGUGGCACCAAGUCCAAGCUGGCCAAGCCCGUCCAGGAGCUGAUCAAGAUGAUCUUUGAUGUGGAGAGCAUGAAGAAGGCCAUGGUGGAGUUCGAGAUCGACCUCCAGAAAAUGCCCCUGGGAAAGCUGAGUAAGAGGCAGAUCCAGAGCGCCUAUUCUCUCCUCACUGAAGUACAGCAGGCUGUGUCAGACACUCAGUCCGAGGCCCACAUCCUGGAUCUCUCCAAUCGCUUCUACACCCUGAUACCUCACGACUUUGGCAUGAAGAAACCGCCGCUGCUCAACAGCCUGGACUACAUUCAAGCUAAAGUUCAGAUGUUGGACAACCUGUUGGACAUCGAGGUAGCGUACAGCCUGCUGAGAGGCGGGGCCCAGGACAAUGAGAGCGACCCCAUCGACAUCAACUAUGAGAAACUCAAGACCAAGAUUGAGGUUGUUGACAAGACCACAGAAGAAGCUGAGAUCAUUUUACAAUAUGUGAAGAACACCCACGCUGCUACACACAACACCUACACCCUCGAAGUGCAAGAGAUCUUCAAAAUUGUCCGUGAGGGCGAGCGCCAGCGGUUCCAUCCCUUCGAGGAGCUACACAAUCGGCAGCUCCUGUGGCACGGUUCUCGCGCCACCAACUACGCUGGCAUCAUGUCUCAGGGUCUCCGCAUCGCCCCCCCAGAGGCUCCUGUGACUGGUUACAUGUUCGGUAAAGGUGUGUACUUUGCCGACAUGGUGUCCAAGAGUGCGAACUACUGUCACACCUCCCGGUCAGAGCCUGUGGGCCUCCUGCUGCUGGCUGAGGUUGCCCUCGGCAACAUGCAUGAAUUGAAGAAGGCAUCCCACAUUACAAAAUUACCUAAGGGCAAACACAGUGUCAAAGGUUUGGGCAGAUCUGCUCCUGAUCCUAGUGCAUCGGUCACUUUGGAUGGGGUGCAAGUACCUUUGGGAAAAGGAACCAACACUAACAUUGAUGACACAAGUCUCCUGUACAACGAGUACAUUGUGUAUGAUGUGGCCCAGGUGAACAUGAAGUAUCUCCUGAAGAUCAAGUUUAACUACCAGACGUCCCUGUGGUGAACGAGGCUUCGUCCGGACCCUCUUCACUGAAAAUGAACACCACUGUUGCCUCAAAGCGCCUGGGCUUUCUUUCACUGCAACAGAGAAUAUUUGGUGACGGAGUUGAUGUUCUACGAUGGUCACGGCAAAGUUUCAAGACACUUUAUUGCUUUUUCAUCAGGUUUACUAGCUGCCAGUCCUCCUUAGUAACACAUUAGGUGCUUAAAUACCUAUUUCAGUUGUUCACACAAGAGACCCAGAAAUCCCAGUGUAUAUUGUGAUAGAAGCGAGUGGUGCAUUCGUAGACAGGUUUAGGGUUGUGGUUUCUGUCUCGCGGUUAUCUUCAGAAGGAUCUUGCUUCUUCGUUCUUAAUCAAACCUUUUUAGUUCAUUAAGGUUUAGUAGGGAUUUUCUGAAGGUAUACAAUAGACAGUAGCAGCUGAGAGGAACAUUUUUGUAGACCGUUGGAUUCAAAGAUACUGUAAUAAGGUUGGACUUGUAUAUAUUUGUUUUGUUUGCUGAUCUCGUAAACUUCCUUCCUUCCUUGCUGAUAAAUAAGUAUGUGAUUUUGUGUUUUCCCGCGCACUCUGCAAAAGAAAGGGCCGCCGUGUACAUCUUGGUAUUUUUCUCACUUAUCACAAAUGCAAUAAAAUCUUUUCAAAAUGUCA